CAUUCUUCGUCGCAUUUCUCUAUAAAGUGAGAUUGCUAUAAUGUUCCUAAUCCGAUUCAGCAGGAGAAUUUCCGACGAUACAGAGAGAAAGGUCCACAGAUCAUCGCUGAAAGAGAAGCCGCGCGCGGCUACAAGAUCUAGCGUAGAUACCAGUCUCGACACUGUCUCCGCUGCUCCCACUGUCACCACGGAUCAAUCGGAGAUUGUGGUGAAGGCCCCUUCGAUGGUCCCGCCGAAACAGAAAGUGGCGCAGAUGAUAAACCUUCUUCAAGAGUUGGAGGAAGGCAAAGCAGCCGACUCCCUGAAUAGAGAUGCGGCAGCUGUUACCGACGACGAGGAAAGAGGCGACGCUGAGAAAGAAGGGAUAACGACGGAGGACGAUCAGUUUGAUGAAAGUGGAGUAGAGGCUCAGGAAGACGAUGGAAAGGCUGAAGAGAGUGACGCAGACGCGAAGACAGUUGACGAAGAACUGGCGAAAAGUAGCGUCGUCACGGACAAGAGUAUCGGCAGCGAGAUCACGAGCGUGGAAGUCAGCCCGGAUGUGAGCGCUGCGUCGUCGCCAAGGCUGUCGGACGCCUCGAAGAGGGAAAUCUCGGUGGAGACUUCACCGGCAGUGAAACACGGAGUGGAAACGCAGGCAACUGAUUCUAGCAGAGUUAAAAAGUCCUCGUUCCUUAAGAAAAAGAACAAAGUUGAACCGUCCGAACAAGAACCGCAACCUGCGGCAGAUGUUCAUACCUGGUGUUCCGAAACUAUGUCCGAAACCGGUCCAGCAGUUCCGUGUAAACCAGAACCUGAGAAAUUUCUAGUAGACAAGCGAGGUGUUCUGGGAGAAAUGCCCACUUGUCCAGCUUGUAAAAGAGUACAGUAUUUUUCAGUGUCACCAUCUUUCUACUACUACAGCGUUUACAGGGACAAGCGAGGCAGGUUGUACUGUGACUAUUGUGCUCCAAAAUAUGCAGUAAAAGUAUUGUAUAGACACGAUCCGAGCGACCAAAAGUUUCUGAAAUGCGCCCAAUGUGCCACUCUGUUGCGUCAGAAGACCAGUCGGAGCGAAUAUUUCCGAAACAAGAACGACAAUUGUCCAAGAUGCGUCCAAGUGCAAGGACGUGUACAUUCAGCCAGAAAAUAGACAAUAGUAACAGAGUAAAAAUAUCGUGUAAAAAUGCUUAAAGGGUUAAUGGCAUUCAUUAGUAACAUUUCCAUGUACAUAUAUAUUGACUUGAGAUUAAUGACUAUGUAUAUUGUAAGAAAUAUAAAAUUGUAUUUUAUUACAAAAAUA